UGGAGCCCAGUCUUCAGAAGAAAUGAAUGCUUGGCACUGUUCUUUUAUCUCUUGUUCCCACCUCUUAAACCAGCAUCAUUAGGAUUCACUGUUUUAUUUAUAAAAGCAGUAGCCACCUGCUUUCUUGCCAUCACUUGUAGCCGUAUGUUGCUCAGAACAAAGGCCAGAAACUUACAUACCUUACACAUUUUCCAGUUAAAAUUUUUUGGGGGGAGGGGCUAGUAUUUGUGGAAUUCUGUGAUCUGUUGCUUGGCAACUUCAAGAGACUUAAACUUCUGCAUUCUGUGAGAGUCAGAAUUACAAAGUUUGGUGAGCCCAGUCAAUUACCUCUUGCAACCAAAAGGAAAUUAAUUGUCCAUUAUGCAGAGGGCUUGAAAAGUUGGCAUCCGGAGCAGGCCAUCCAUAGCUAUGUCACACUUCUUCUACUUGACUCCACAGAUCGUUCUGCCCCUUAGCCCUCUCACCUCUCGAGAGUUCGAUCUGAUCAGACGCAAGGCUGGAGCAUCUUGGCAGAAGGAAACAAGAUGGUCGGACUCUUCUGUAACAACAUACACGGGCAGUUACCGGAAAAAACAACUGGAUAAGUCCACGAGCAGCCGAUUUUCUUUUAAAGCAGGACAGCAUCGGCCUGAGUGUAACCAGCAUGCAGGACUAUUUCCUCAAAUAAGCAGUUCUUUUAAAAAUUCACCUGAUGUCAAGCACAGUGUGACACACCAAAUUCUGUUUGGUGAUUUUUCUCCAGCACCUCCAAAUUAUGGAAAAUCAUGUAUGAGAAUUAAGAAGCCAGUAUCUAAGAAUCUGAUGAACUAUUAUCAACUAAAGAAAGACUUUCUGAAGCAUCUUCAGGAACAGGGUAAUUCCUCAAGCAAGGCGGGCUCGUCUGAAGACUCACAAGGGGAUCAGUACUCCGAUUACAGUCUGGGAGCACCGGUACCGUCACCUAGCGGAGUCGCAAAACCAAGUCCCAAAGGUGGAGGCCUGCAGUUUGCUUAAUUAACGACUCCGAGGCCUGGCUGGAAUGGGACCGAUCGUGCUGCUUCUGGUUUCCGCCACCUCAGAGAAGGCUGUCACUUUUGGAAUGAGAAUGAAUCUUGCCUGGCAUAAAUGAGUUCUCCGUGCGGCAGCCUCUUAGAGUGGGACCUUAUUUUUCCCUUUCUUUUCUUUUUCUCUUUUCCCUUUCCAUGGAAUACCCGUUGAAAAGCUACAGUGACCAUUCCAUAAUUGCAGGAGAAGCCCUGCUCCACUUUUUCAUUAAAGUCUACUUACCGGGAAAAAGAAAGUCUUUUAAGGACCAUGACUUCAUAAAUAUUUAUUUAUAGUGUGAGCAGAACUCUGGUUCUGCAGGAGAAUGGGCUCAUUCAGUUUUAUUUAUGAUGUGACACUCGGGUGAGUGACAUCCGUCAUCUGGGUCGGUCCUCCGCUCUGUUCCACUGAAGCAUGUUUAUGGAGUGAUUAUGCCUGCAGAUAUUUGCUAUAUUUAGCCCCUCUCCUCCCCUAACCCCCUCUUAGCCCUUUCAACUCCCCACACCAGCCAAAAGCCAAGCUUGUGGUCCAGGGAAGAUUUGAACCCUAGUGACAAGGCGCAGGGGCUUGAACAAAUGCAGCGGGAGCGGGGAGGCAAUUAGAGCAGGAGCGACGGCCGUUAUUAGAGCAUUCGUACACUAAGGUGCUUGUGCUGGGCCUGCGUCUAGCACGCGAGGGCCCUUAGCUGGGCAGAAAGCGCUUGACAGGUGAUGGGCGCAAGCCCGAGUGACGGAUGCAGAUGGAUCCUUCGGAAACUUGCCUUCCCAGGGAGCUUUCUCUGGACAGGCUCUCACAACCCUCAGAUCUGUCACUGUGCACCUGGGGCUCUGGGGGCAGGGGAUGUAGGAGCUCUGUGACCUCCGCUGGGUCAAGGUUUCUGGUGUAACCCGAGGCUGUCCCCGCUCAGCCACACCUGGCCCCUGGCUGGGGGCUGGCAGUUGCCCUUCAUCAGCUAGGGAGGAGGGAGGGCCACCUUUGGCUUCUAGCUUUACAGCUGCACAUGCCCCGGAGUAGGCAUUCCAGGCUGGCCCCGGGCCCGCUCCCGGGCUCCGUGCUCCCUGUGAUCAGCUUGGCCACCUAUUGUUUAUCCUGGGAAGGGCCAGGUCUUGGCACAGAGGCCUGAAGUGUUGCCAGCAUUUUAUUUUUAGAGACAGGAAAAUGUUUGCUUUUUGGCAGCUGCUUUUUUUUUUUCUUUUUUCUUUUUUUUUUUCUUUUUGGCAUACUCCAGGAUGGUGUAAAAAAGUUCAAGUGAGAGAUUCCAAGCCUUAAACUCAUAGCAUAUGACAUAGGCAACAGUCCCACGAACCUCUCAACAGGAGUCUUUGUGGAGCUAAACCUUUCAUUAGCAGGCCUCUCGCGCAGAGUGAGUUCCGCUGGCUCCCCUGGGGCAGCAAGAGGCCUCUCGUCCACAGACCCCACGGACUGGACAUCUAACGAGCCCCUUUGCGGUGCGCUCAGCUGGUCUGAGAUUUUGUAGUUCUUACCUCCGUUCAUUUCCUUCCCGACCAAUUCAUAAUGUAGUCCAACUCGGUGGACAGAGUAAGAAAGCCAGUCAGCCUGCCGAACCCAGUCUGUCCCCCCUCCUCAGACCCACUGUCAUUGUUGUCAUGAUGACUGGUGCAAAGCAGCCAGCUUCCAUGGCACGAAGCGCAUCGCUACACUCAGAGAGUGCAUUUCCCUGUUUUAUUGGAAUUACUAUUUGCCCCAACACAGUCUCUUUAAAACAUAUUUUUGCAGGUCCUGUGAUUCUAGCUACUGACGAUUUAUCUGAAAGCCUCCUGUAAACUGUAAUGACAUACUAAGCAAGGGUGAAGUGGAAUAGAAAGGAAAAACCAGAAACAGAAUCACAAA